GUACUGCCUCAGUUCUUUCGAUUGUGUGGUUUUAUAGAAUUUCAGAGAAGGACUUAAUCAGAGUCCUUGGCAACAAAAUAUGGCAAGGACACACAUAAUCGUAAUUCUCAGGGAAGGACUUCCCGGCUGUUGAAAAUACUGCCCAAUUUUCACCACCAAAAUGCAUCACAAACACUCAUCUUUCCUCUGGUUUAGCUCUCUAAUUCAGAAUGACGAUCCUUGUUCUGCAGUCUGAAUCUGUUGUGAGUGAUGAGCAGCAGAAUGUUACUAUAGAAGAAGAAGAACUGAUUUUGGAGGGAGGAUUCUCGGUCCCCAACACAAAUUCAUUCGGCCACAAUUUCAGGGAUUAUAAUUUGGAGAGUGAUAGGCAGAAAGGUGUUGAGGAGUUUUAUAGGACUCAACACAUCAACCAGACGUACGACUUUGUGAAAAGGAUGAGGGAAGACUAUGGCAAACUGAAUCGUGUAGAAAUGAGUAUAUGGGACUGCUGUGAACUGCUUAAUGAAUUUGUAGAUGAGAGCGAUCCCGACCUGGACGAGCCUCAGAUAGAGCAUUUACUGCAGACUGCGGAGGCCAUUCGCAAAGAUUAUCCUAACGAGGAUUGGCUUCACUUAACUGGCCUAAUUCAUGAUCUGGGAAAGGUCCUUUUGCAUCCAGAUUUUGGGGAGCUUCCUCAAUGGGCAGUCGUGGGUGAUACAUUCCCUGUUGGAUGUGCAUUUGAUGAAUCAGUUGUUCACCACAAGUUCUUAUAUCAUUUUGGCAUUGUCCUACGGUAUUUCAAGGAGAAUCCAGACUACAACAAUCCUUCUUACAACACUAAAUUUGGAGUUUAUUCAGAAGGCUGUGGACUAAACAAUGUGAUGAUGUCAUUUGGUCAUGAUGACUACAUGUACUUGGUAGCUAAGGAGAAUAAGACUACUCUACCGUCAGCAGGUCUUUUCAUAAUCAGAUACCAUUCUUUCUAUGCUUUACACAGGGCAGAUGCAUAUAAGCACUUAAUGAGUGAAGAAGACAUUGAGAAUCUCAAGUGGCUCAAAAUAUUCAACAAGUAUGAUCUGUACAGCAAGAGCAAAGUUCGAAUUGAUGUAGAGAAGGUCAAGCCAUACUAUCUUUCCCUCAUUGAAAAGUAUUUUCCAGAAAAGCUGAGGUGGUGAUAGUGGCAGUACCUGUUAAGAUUUGCUUUGUAGGCGUUGCUCAGCUCUUUUUAUUUUAUGUAUUGGAGAUGUGGGCAGGUGGCUCUUAUGUUUUCUUUCAUUUUCAAUAAUAUUUGUAAUGAGAUAAUGUAUUACAUGCAAUCGUUGAUUG